AUGGCGGAGCUGAAACUCUCCGAGAGCCGCGACCUUACCCGCAUCGAGCGUGUGGGCGCUCACUCCCAUAUCCGCGGUCUCGGCCUCGACUCCUCCCUCGAGGCGCGCGACGUCUCCGAGGGCAUGGUUGGUCAGACCGCCGCGCGCAAGGCCGCCGGCGUCAUCCUCCGCAUGAUUAAAGACGGCAAGAUCGCGGGCCGCGCGGUCCUGCUCGCUGGACAGCCCGGCACCGGCAAGACUGCCAUAGCCAUGGGCAUGGCCAAGUCCCUCGGCCUCGAAACUCCCUUCGCCAUGAUCGCCGCCAGCGAAAUCUUCUCGCUUGAAAUGUCCAAGACUGAGGCGCUCACUCAGGCGUUUCGCAAGGCCAUCGGCGUGCGCAUCAAGGAGGAGACCGAGGUCAUCGAGGGCGAGGUCGUUGAGGUCCAAAUCGACCGCCCCGCAGUGGCCGGCGCCGCAGCCAAGACCGGAAAGCUCACGCUGAAAACCACCGAAAUGGAGACCGUAUACGACCUCGGCGCGAAGAUGAUUGAGGCGCUGGGGAAGGAGAAGGUUAGCAGUGGCGAUGUUAUUGCAAUUGAUAAGGCUUCCGGGAAGAUUACCAAGCUCGGGAGGUCGUUUUCUAGGUCGAGGGACUUCGACGCUAUGGGGCCGCAGGUGAAGUUCGUGCAGUGCCCUGAUGGGGAGUUGCAGAAGAGGAAGGAGGUGGUGCAUUGCGUCACUCUUCAUGAAAUUGAUGUCAUCAAUAGCAGAACACAGGGAUUUCUGGCUCUUUUCACUGGCGAUACAGGUGAAAUCCGAGCAGAAGUCAGAGAGCAAAUUGACACCAAAGUGGCAGAGUGGAGAGAAGAAGGAAAGGCAGAGAUUGUGCCUGGUGUUCUUUUCAUUGAUGAGGUGCACAUGCUUGACAUAGAGUGUUUUUCAUUCCUCAAUCGGGCUCUGGAGAAUGAAAUGGCUCCCAUAUUGGUUGUUGCUACCAACAGAGGCAUCACAACUAUUAGAGGCACGAAUUACAAAUCCCCACACGGGAUUCCCAUUGACCUGUUGGAUAGACUGCUCAUCAUCUCUACUCAACCUUACACAGAGGAUGAAAUUCGCAAGAUUCUGGAUAUCAGAUGCCAAGAGGAAGAAGUGGAAAUGAGUGAAGGUGCAAAGCAUUUGUUAACCAAAAUAGGUGUGGAAACAUCCUUGAGAUAUGCCAUUCAUCUUAUCACAGCAGCUGCAUUGGCAGCCCAAAAGCGAAAGGGAAAAACAGUGGAUCUGGAAGAUAUUAAUCGGGUUUACAAUCUGUUUUUGGAUGUCAAAAGAUCAACACAGUACUUAAUGGAGUAUCAGAGUCAGUACAUGUUCAGUGAUACAGGAGAAGCUGAUGAAGAUGAAACCAAUGCCAUGGCCUCGUAG